AUGAGCACAGACGCAAUUACUUCUAGCCGCUUCUAUCCCUAUCUAGCUGACCUGAAAUCUAUCGAUCCAAACAUCUACACACGCGCAGCAAUGGCGAUUCGCAUGCAAGUCGAAAAGGACAGUAGACAAAUGCUUGCCGAUCCUCGUACUCUUUUUAUAUCUGAUCUUAUGAGUUUUAUAAGGAAUCUUGCCACUUCCUCAAGCUACGAAGACAGACUCGCAAGUCUCUGGGUCAUGAGGGAGCUCAUCCAAUCCCGUCCUACCAUUAGCAUGAUUCCUUUGACGUACUUUGAAGAAAUCGCCCUUGAACUUGUCAACGACCCUUCUGAAGUUAUUAUUCUUACUAAUUGCGUUUUCAUUGGUCGAUUGAUCAACGCUGAAGGCCACGGAAUAGACUUUGUUCCAAAGUUGUUUGUAAUAAGCAUUGAUAAAAUUAAGAGCGGAGACUCAACAAAGGUCUACACUGGCAUGCUGCUAUUCAAUGACCUAACUGAGGUGGAGACCAGUUUUGCCAUAGAUAUCUCCAGCGAAGAGUUUCUUGAACCAAUCUGGCAUGUGAUUACGGAAACGCGAAACAGCAAUAUCAAGGAAGUGGGCUUCAAGGCUAUUAAUAAAUUCAUAUCCUAUCAAAAGAAAGCUACAAAGCAUGACGUUCUGGUACGUCUCAUAACAAUGAUUAGAGCUGCGCUAGAUGGCAAGAACAUUUCUGAGCAGCUCAUUGCCCUGCAUCUGCUCCUGAACAUGCUUAAUUUGUCAGUCAAAGACAAGUCGAUAGCAGACUAUUUCCAGGAAAACUACAGCAGUUUUUUUUCUCUCGUCGCCAAUAUCUUCCGUUCUAAGACAUCCGAGGGGCGUAUGCUUGUUGCAUCCAUUAUCUCGCUUUUUGCUAAAUUAGACCCAGAGAGAUUUUGCACAACUGAACGGCUACAGAUGAUACUGACAUUUUACAAGAAAAUGAUACCCACACAACAGGAGCUGUUUAUUCCUCUAGGAGAGUUCGUCAUAGUCAUAGGGGAAAAGCACGUUAAACCAAUUUUCAAUGACUUAAUCAAUCUCAUCACCUCAUCUUUUAAGUCACAGAAUUUCACAAAGGCAGGGAGUAUACUACCACCGGAGCCUCUCAAGUGUAUCCAAUACAUUACAAAAGGGGCGCCGAACCUCGUCCAGAAACAUGUCACUUCGAUUUUGGAAUGCAUCUUCUCUGUGGGACUCUGUGAAUCUCUCACCUCUGCUCUUCAAGACCUUUCUGCAAAUUUACAUAACCGGCUACUGGAUAUCCAAGGCCUACUUCUUUACUUGGUCGCCAAUGAGCUGGGUGGAAUCAACUUGUUUCUUUCCAAUGCUUAUGGAGUAAUUGAUGGGUCAGAAGAUUACUAUCUUGUGCUUACGGAGAAUCAAUCUCAAGCAGUUGCUGAUGGACAUGACUCAGGCGUCCUUGACUCCCAGACUUCCAUUAUCCCCGGGACACGACCCUCAACUACCCAAGCCACCACUCACGUGGAAGAUACGCGCACCAAUGAAGAUGCGAUUGAGCUGGCUCACGACUUAUCUAUUACUGGUCUCAAAGAGGAAUCGGAGCAAUGUGACUUUAAAAACUCUCUUUCUGUCUAUCAAACUGUUACUACAUCAGCCGGUAUAACGGCGUUAUAUAAGCUUUCAGAUCGCAUUGCAACAGCAUUAGGAACCAGCAAGCUUCGUCCCCGUCGCCACUCCACAAGUGAAGCCAUCCUUUUAGCAUUCCAAGCGCUAUACGAUUUUGACUUUAGUUUAUUUGAUCUGACAAUCUUUGCAGCUGAUUACCUGACGCGCUAUCUCCGGAAUGACAGUAGCACACUUCGCAUCAAAGCAGCUCAAACUAUUCUAAAGCUAAUGUCUGAGGACCACUUUGAAAAGAUACGGCGUGGAAAGCACUCGCAGUACAAAAGUAUGACUAUAAAAGCGGAGGAUUGUCACUCUUGGGCUGGGUCCACUCUUGGAGAGGCUCCGACGCCAUCCGGUGGAGCCACAAUUAUCCCACCUGCUGUUGUUUCCAACCAAUCAUUCGCUACCACUAUUAGCCCCAAGACUAGACAUAUCAGAACACACUCUAGUUCUCACCUUGAUGACAUGAGCUCCACAAGCUUCUGUAUUAACCAGGACUGCAUUUUGUCCCAAGACAUCCUUAAGUCGAGCGAUCUAGGCACUGAUGGCUUUUUUAAUUCGGGUCCAUACCGACACAUGCUUAUAUCUGACACGCUGCGGCAAAUCAUUAUAAUAGGAACCACAGACAUCGAUCCGGAGGUCCGCAUGUCUAUAAUUCAGGCGUUAACCACUACAAAUAGGUAUGAUAUAUAUCUUGUGCACGAGAGCAGUCUCAGGACCCUUUUUAUUGCUUUGUAUGAUGAUAAUAUUGAGAUACGCAUCCUUGCCGUGAAGUUGAUAGGCCGUCUCUGUUCGUUGAAUCCUGCGCUUGUGACUCCCGAAAUCAGGCAUCUUAUUCUCGUUCUAUUGACAGAACUCCGUCUGACCACAGAAAAUAAUAAGAGGGCUACAUCCAAUGAGCUGAUCGUCAAGAUAUUUAAGUUUUGCGGGUCCAUUGUUCUCCCUUACGUGCCCAUGGUAUAUUCAGCUGUCAUGGGGCUCAUUUCAAAAGACUGUGACGACGAGUACUUGCUGAUUACAUCUCUUACAACUCUUGCUGAGCUUUUCACUAUCGGCUCCACUAGUAUGGUACAUUGUCUAGCAGAGGUCAUUCCUCUUCUGAUUACUUGCAUUAAAGAAGAGACGUCAAAGACUCUGAGACUGACCACCACCCGAUGCUUUGUUCGGAUUGUUGAAGCAACAUCAUUCGUCGUCUUCCCAUGGUUUAUUUACCAUGAUCUCUUUACCAUAGUGUUUGGUAUCCUUAAAAAUGAUACAUCUCAGGAAAUACGUCUUGAAGCAGCCAAGCUUAUAACGACCAUCGGCGCUAUCGAUCCCAUAUUCUAUCAGAAUGGGAAGCCGGAUCUAUCUGCGCUUGUUCCUCCCACCAAUCUGACCUGUAAGUGCCAGUCCACCGACGUCUUUUCCUUAGACUAUAUCAUGGACGAGUCUAACAUCUGGGUAUGCCACAAGGGUGAAGGAGGCGCAGCACAAGAAGCGUCUAUCAAAUCGCAUGGAAAGGCGGUUGUCAGUCCAAUAACGGGCCACGUCGUGGAGAACGUCUAUAUUAUGAAACUGGAUAGCGGAUCCGAGGUUUCUGCUAAUGUCUCUGAUUUUGAGUUGACUCUAAAUGUGAUUAUGUCUACACUUUACUCUAUCCUGUCUGAGAGCACCUUAGACAUGUACCACUAUGACGCCGUUGUGGUCUUUCGAACAAUUAUCCAGACAGAAUGCACAGCGAUAAGCCUCCCAAUGGUGCCUAAGAUAAUAUCUUUAAUUCUUGAAAACAUACAAAAUUGUAAGGUAUUCAUGCAGGAAACAAUGCUUCGCGAGCUCAUUCUUAUAAUAUCAAGCAUCGGGCACCACGCACACUCUUAUGUUUCUGAUAUUUUUGACAUAAUAGAAGUGCUGUGGGCGAACCAGCAGCUCAUAGAGCUUAUUCUUGCGCUCCUCGAAGAGGUGAGUAUUGUAUUGGAUUUGUCUUUAGGAAACUAUGGCUCGCAAUUUUUCCUAAAGUUUGUAGGUCUUUUCACUGUGCUAAAGUCAUCCCAGGAGAUAAGUGACUCUGCAAAGAAGCUUCUUAUAAGGGCUUGCCGGUCUGUUGUGGCCCUCUCAAGCCUAUUCUCAAACCACAUACAUUUAAUUGUGGACCUUCUUUGCUCUGGGAUUCGUAAGCAGAAGCUGGGUAAAGAGCUCCGAUUCGCUCUUCUGGAUACUCUCUCUCGGCUUACUAUUUGCACUAACCUUUCCCGCUUUGGAGCAAGCAUAAUCCAUCCUAUCCUCGAAGUCAUCAUGGAAGCAGAUCCUUGUACGUCUGUAGAGCAUAAUAAGAAUGCAAACCCCGAGAAGGGUCUGAAUCCUAUGAACAUAGUUUCUUAUAAAGCAUUUGAGGUCCUGCACUUUAUUUGCGCUCAGUUUGGCGUUUCUGUGACUCUUUAUAUUCCUGUCAUUACCGAGUGUCUUCUGAAGGUUGGCUUUACUUCUGGUCUUUUGGACUCCAUCUUUUCCUUACUACUACGACGCGAAGAAGUUGAUCCAGUUACUUUUUAUCGCCUGAUUUGUGAGUGGAAGAAAAAGCAAGCUAAAAAAUUCUCUGAGUAUACUUCCUUGGCUUCCUUGUUGGCCAUGUAUGAGACUCCAGUUACACAAGAUACACUUCUUUAUAUGGAGAGCAUCUCAAACAAGGUACCUGGCGACGAUAAAGAUGCUAUGAUUCUGGUCGUUAAAGAUAUCAACUUCGAUGAUAUAGGCAGUGUGAUUAAUUAUCUUCACACAUCAUCUACAUGGUUUGGGGACGAUAUGCGCCCGCUCCCGGCAGGCGCGAUAGGCGUGCAUAGCCUUUCUAUUCAGGAAAACGACAUGCUUAAUAAGCACGUCACCAUUCCUCAGCAGAUAUGGCGCGCAGACACAUGCAAGAAGAACGAAGAGUGGCGUCAUUGGCUUUCAAAUCUUAGCCUGACCCUUCUCCAAUGUUCUCCUCUUAAAUGUCUGCGGGCAUGCCAUAAGCUGGCCACUUCCUAUCCUCGUGUAGCACGUGAUUUAUUUAAUUACUCCUUCCUUGCAUGCCUUUCUGAGACAUACCCCAGCAAUAAUGAGCACAGGAAUUAUAUCGUUGAGUCUAUCCGGUCUGUAUUUCUAUCACAGAACUGUCCGCUAGAUGUUCUACAAAUUUUGCUGGAUUUGGCAGAGUUCUGGGAGAACAGGUCCCGUGAGUUCAGCACCACGUUCAGCCACAAUUUCUUGGGAGAGGUAGCCGAGCGAUGCCAUGCGUAUACGCGCUCUCUGCGCUACAAGGAAACAGAGUAUGCACAACACCCGAUAGAGGCAGUUGGUCGUCUUAUUGCAAUUAAUUAUAGUUUAGGGUAUGAGGAGACGGCCAUAGGGACUCUGAGGGUUGAGUGCAAGCGGCUUAACUUCAUCUCUACAAACCUAAUCUAUGACAUAUUGCUACGUUGCCUAUAUACGGGGUUGGAUGACGUUUUCACAAUGAUGCAAAGGGAAGGAGGCCUUGAGCCUGGGGCAGCUGUUAAUUGUUCAGCAGAGUCAACCUUGGAGCGUAUUAUCAACAAGGUUGUUUCGAAAAUUGUCACAAAGGCUUUAACAGAAGCGAAGAAAAUUUCCAAUCUUAACCAGUCCAUUCCCCAGCAACUUGUGUCUUAUGGCUCGAUAGGUGGCAUAUUUGUUGAGGGACGGCCCGUGAUGUCUGGGCCAGAGGGCAGCGUUCUUCAGGUAGACUAUAAUGAAAUAGGUAUUUAUUUAAGCGCGCUGGCGCGAAGGAUGCUAAAAAGCAAGCUUACCUAUCAAUACCCCACCUUUCUGAUGUAUGAGGAAAACCUCUUUCAAUCAGUGCUCAAGACUCUUCGCUACAAGGCACAGGGACACAUGCAAGAUCUCUACGGCCCCAGUCCUAAGUGGUUUGAAAAUGUGUGUCUUUGGGACAAGGCUCUUUCUGGGUACAAUCGUCAGAUAGAUCAGCUAAAGCUAAGCCUCAAGUCUAAUACAUCUGAGGCACGAACUCUACUUCCGAUGCUCGUUAACCUCACGAAGGAUAAAAUUCGUUGCUUGUUUGCGCUUGCUGAUUACUCGGCCGUCCAGGAAGAAGCCGAUCAGUUGCUAAAUUACCUGUCCUCUGAAUCUAAAGAAGAAGCAGGGCUCACAACAGUAAAACAUACACUCAUCAAAGGAUUUCAAGCAGAUAUUGCAACAUAUGCUGCAUGGAGUCUUUUGGAGCAAGACCAAGAGGACGUGGAAAUCUGGCUGCGAGUCCUUCCAGAAGACAAUAUCGAUGGAACAAUUAUACGUGCCACAUCGUAUAUAAAGGCGAACAAGAUGUUGGAGGCCCAUAAGUUGCUGUGCAAGCUCCGUCUACGUAUUGAUCCCGAUCUGAUUGGAUUGAGUGCGGAAUCGUACACCCGUGCGUAUAACCUGUGUAUCCUCUUACAGACCAUUACUGAACUCCAGAACAUAAUCUCGUAUAAACUAGCUCUCAACGGACUGAAGUUGGAUGCGCCGUCGACGUUAAUAAAGGAAGGAGGCAAUCCUUAUGAAAACAUUUUUGAAACGACUUUGAUUUCAUUCAAUCCGCCCCCGGGAUUUGCUGACACAGAAAAGGAACGCUUACGGUUAAUGUGGUCUCGAAAGAUCUCUAUGAUUCGCUGGGACUGCGAGUCUUGGGAAGCUCUCCUUCGGGUCAGGCGGCUCAUUAUCUUUCCAAUCGAAGAUCAAGAAGUGUGGAUUCGCUUUUCAGUUUUGUGCCUUCAGAGUGGGCGUGUGCAGCUAGCCAGAAAAACUCUCGAAACGUUCAUUAACUCGUCAUCCGUGCAUCACAUUAAAGUCUCUAAAAGCCGAGGACUCUACACUCUUCUUGGUCUUACUUCGUUCGGCACUCCUCGGCGCUACCUCAAGCACGGGUCUGGUGAUGUUUCUACGGGAGGAAGCGUAACGCCUAUUGGCUCUGCACUUGGGGCCGAGAUGGGAGUAGUACAAGAUCUCAGCGCGGUUGGCUCAUCUCUUGCCAAGUACCUACUUAAGGAUGGCGUUGUGAAAGACGCUUUCACUGCUCAGCAGCAUGUGGCUCUACCAACUUCGGACGUUCUCAGUAUUGCUUCUCACUCUGUUGCUAAGCCGACGCUUCAGAUGAUUGCUAACGCUUCUACUCACCAAGGUCAAAGCAUCGAGAAGGAAACUCCUCUGUCAAUAGUUGGCCAGCAAUGCGAUGAUGCUAAGCGCAAUGCACAGCGUGAUCUCUUCAACGCCCUCAUACCGCCUCUCAAUCAUGUCUACCCUCAUGUGCUAUACGCCUAUUGUAAGCACCUUUGGGUAAGCUCAAAUGAGAAUGUGUUAGAGAAGCUCGUUGCCUUCACGCAUCUAAUCCGUCUAUGUAAUGAUGUCUCUAUCCAAAAAACAGAGCCAAAACUUGUUUGUCGUAUGCUUAUUCGUCUUGGGGCCUGGUAUUCCGACCUGCUAACGCCUCUUGAUCACAAGUCAUGUAGUAUGAUAGGGACAAUAUCUCCCUCAGAAGGCUAUGUCAAUAUUCCUGUGCAGGACACAGUAACCAGCUGCUCUGCUAUAUGGAACUCUAUCGUGAACAACUGUGAUGCCGAUGCUAGCGUUUGUAGCACUACGUAUGAGGCGACCGAGCAUUCAGCUGAACGUCUAGAGCUAUCAUCUGCAAGUACACUAGAUAAGGCAGUCGCCAAGUUGGUUGACAACAUAUUGCUGGCGUACGAUGAACUAUCAAAUGUAUCUCUGGAGGAAUGCAAUCAGUACAAUACUGUAGGCAUGUCCCGUAUAGGCCUUAUCGCGCUGGAGUGGUUUCAAGUUGCUGCAGAUCGCGAUGAAACAAGCAAUCACAUUUGGAAAUGCAUCAGCCACACAACGUAUGCUAUUGUUAACAGCUUUGCGGCUUAUAUUGACAAGUUGAAUGAUCGUCCCGGUGUAGAUGGCGGGCUACAGAUAGUAACGCGUCGCAGCUCUGUUGACGCCACUAGUGAUGCAGUUGGGAGUACAUCAGAAGCACUCAGUCAGUCUGUUCAAGAUAGCGACAGGCCACUAGUUUGCCCAGAGCACCUUGGCUUCGUGCAGAAUCGGCAAGUUCUUUUAGAAAAGGCCAAACUGGAGUACCUUGUAGAAUCUAUUAUCGCUCACUUUAAGUGCAUAGAGACUGGGCGCUCCAUCGAAGCGCUUCCAACGACGCUUCGUCUCAUGACGCUCUGGUUCCGGUAUGGCAGCUAUGACGAGGUAGAGACAGAAAUAAUUAAUGGACUUGCUGCGGUGCCAAUUAAUAUCUGGCUAGACGUAAUACCACAGCUCAUUGCACGCCUUCACUCACCACAGCAUAAAAUACGACUUCUUGUUCAUCAAUUACUUGUUCUCAUAGGAACAGAGCAUCCUCAAGCCCUUAUCUAUCCGUUAGUUGUGGCUAGUAAGAGUACGAUCUUAAACCGUCGCGUGGAGUCCCUAAGCAUUGUUGACCAGAUCCGCCGUACUAAUGAGGCAAUGAUCUUAGAGAGCCUUAACAUAAAUAAGGAGCUUCAGCGGGUGGCUAUACUGUGGCCUGAAAUAGCAUACGAUCUCAUCACUCAAGCAUCUACGGCAUUCUGUGAGGAGCCAAGAGAUCUGGUCAAGUUCUUCAACUAUGCAUGUCAGCUACAGCUUCUAGCCAGCAGGACCCCAGAGACACAGUCUGAGUCUGUCUUCAUACAGAUGUUUAGCAGCCAGCUUCAAGCUGCGUGGGAUAGCUGUCGUCAAUUUCCUGUGACAAACGACCUUGUCUGUCUCAACAUCGUAAUGAAGCAUUACAAAGAAAUAUACGACAGAAUUCACUCUGAACUUCCGUUUCUAAAUACGAUUGAUCUGCUGCAAACCUCUCCUCUUCUGUACAAUAUCUCCAAUACCAAUCUCUGUGUUCCUGGAAGCUACCAUCCUGCAAGGGCUAUUACCACAAUAGUCAAGUUUUAUCAGAAGGUUUUUGUUAUUCGAUCAAAGCAGAGACCUAGAAAGGUUGGUCUGGUUGCAUCUGACGGAGAGUAUUAUGCGUUUCUGCUGAAAGGACACGAAGAUCUGCGGCAGGAUGAGCGGGUUAUGCAGCUCUUUACCUUAAUUAACAAUUUGUUAAUGAAUGACUCAUACUGUUCUCGCCGCGGUCUGAUGGUCAUGAAGUAUCCAAUAACACCCCUGUCGCAGAAUUCAGGGCUUCUGUAUUGGGUACCUGGAUGCGACACAAUAAUUUCUUUAAUAAAGGAGUUUCGCCAGCUCAAGAGGAUCCACUUGGAGACGGAAAUGCAGCAGAUCAAGUACCGAGCUCCUGCGUUCAUGAACAUGGCACUGCACUACAAAGUCGACGCAUUCAAGUACAUGCUAACAACAUCUGACGCAAUUGAUCUCUGCAGGUCGUUGUGGAAUAAGGCUUCUUCGGCAGAGGAUUGGCUCCUGAAGAGAAUGAAUUAUACACGAUCCAUUGCUGUGUCCUCCAUUGUUGGAUAUAUCCUUGGCCUUGGUGACCGUCACCCCGCUAACCUAAUGAUAGAGCGGACGACCGGAAUGGUGCUGCACAUCGACUAUGGCGAUUGCUUCGAAGUUGCCAUGCACAGGGAGCAGCUACCAGAGAAGGUUCCAUUCCGUUUAACUUCAAUUAUGAUGAAGGCGUUUGAAAGCUGUGGAACGGAGGGAAGCUUCCGGAUGACAGGAGAGGCGACGAUGAGCAUAUUGAGGUCGAACAAGGACAGCUUGGUAAGUGUGCUGGAAACGUUCAUCUAUGAUCCGCUGAUGUCCAUGAAGGUUCUUAGUGGAGAAAAUACAAUGGGUGGAAAGGAAAAUAUAGAUGGAAACACAGAGUUUUAUGGAACAAGGAGGCCGGUGCAAGAAAGCUAUCUCGAAGGGAACGAGAGGAACCCGAAAGCAGUGAAGAUUGUUCAGCGUAUCUACGACAAACUAACAGGGUACGAUAUAAAGUACAUAGAUCGUUCUUUGAGCGUCUCUGAGCAGAUACAAAGCCUCAUACACAGUGCAACAAAUGCGGAGAACCUGUGCCAACUAUAUAUUGGAUGGUGUCCAUACUGGUGA